AUGGCGUCGACCUUAGACGGAGGCAAGAACGAGAGGCAUUGUUGCGUGCCGAACUGUAAUGGAAAUGGACGCCGCAACCCAGAGCUCUCUUUUCAUCAAAUCCCACAAAGAUUGGAGCUUCGCAAGGCUUGGAUACAUGCUAUUCGGAGGGAUCCUGGUCCAUUAUUCAGAAGGGACGACUUCAAAUGGACCCCAGUAAGGAAGACACUCAAGAAAGAAAGUGUUCCUUCCAUAUUCAACUGGAAAUCUGACGAAAAAGCUGCGCGACGGGAAAUUUUUAAGCAUCCUGUUCCAGAGAAAAUGCCUAGAUUUGACACUGAUGAGAAUAACAACAACCCGGUCUCAAAUGAAAAUUUAAAUUUGAAUGUGGAGAGCUCUCACACAUGGAAAGGACUUGUUGGGAUUGCUCCACAUGGAGCUCUGACCUUUGUAUCAAGUUUGUACACAGGAAAUAUGUCAGAUGUAGAAAUUACCAAGCUUUCUGGCCUGAUUGAUCUCCUGGAUAGGGGUGAUUCAAUAAUGGCUGACAAAGGAUUUGUUCUGAACAAGGUAUUAGAGGGGACAGGUAUUUCAGUUAACACGCCCCCAUUCCUCCAAAGUCAAGGUCAAUUUUCAAGGCAAGAAGUGGAGCAAACCCAGGUGAUAGCAAAACUAAGGAUACAUAUUGAGAGGCAUAUCCGCAGAGUCAAGGAGUACCACCUUUUUGAUGGUGUCAUUCCCUUAAGUAUGGUAGGAACAAUAAAUCAAUUAUGGACAGUGGCAAACAUGCUAACUUUAUUCAAGGGUCCUCUUGUCAAGGAAUGGAAGUAA